AUGGACAAGUUCCUUGAGCGUGCUCUUCAGACUGAGGUCAAGCAAAAGGAGUUCUUUGCAUUCAUCGAGGACACACAGCACAGCUUAGCCCAGCUGAUACUCCUGAACGGGUUCUUAACGGAUCCGAACACCCCUGGAGUUGAGAAGAUCGUGGCUUGCCCCAUGCUCAACGCAUGGCUGGCUGCACCAGUGGCGGCUGUCAAAGCCAUAGACUUUGGCGCUGCAUCAGACAUGAUGGACCCAGGGUAUGUCUUCUUGGUGAAAGGCUGGAACCGCUGCGUGUCAAUGAUGACAGUGUUGUACGCAUGCUUCGACAAAGCCGAGCUUCUGUCAUUUGGCACCGUGUAUGCUACUGCUGUGCAGCCUGAUGGCAACAAUGUCGUCAACACCAACAGAGGCGUAACGUUGGCUGGAAACCUGCGCCGCAGACCCAACGCAUUUAACAUUCUCCAUCAAUUGGAGUUUCUUGAGCGCACGGGUCUUAGCCAAGACUUGAGCAUUCGAGCUCUUGAGGCCCACGAAUCCAUGUCCAAAUUUGCUUCAGCAUAUGCCUUGGGGGAAAAGGAAUCCAAAGCUGCAGUAAACCUCUUACAGCACAUUCCGAAGCUGGUCAAGGAGGGUCUCAUCGAAUUGGUGCGGUUUGAAAUGCGACACGGCGAUGCAGACCUGCUGCAACUUCUUGAGGAGAGCGUUCCUCCUGCGGACAUCGCCCGGGUUGCCAUCUUCGCCCAACCACUUGCAAAGUACCAGCAGGAGGCAGCGCUUGACUUCAAAUACUUGAACGACCGGUAUCAGAAAGGGCGAGACUCCAUUCGGGCCCACAUGGAGGAGAAGCUGAUGUUCCAUCGCUGCUCUUCCUUGGUGCUUGCUCACUCCCACAUUGUGGAAGCACAGAGCAAGAUGGGAGCGGAUGGGCUGACGAUUCUUGUGGGUGACUGCACACUUUGGCCGGCCAGAUGCUUGGAUAAACACUGUUCCACUAAUGUAGUUGUCACCUUUUUUGGUUCCAACAUGUCACGAAUACUUGUGAUCCCCUUUCUGAUCAGGGUGCUGGACAUCUAUGAAAUCGCGGUCAACUUCAAUGACGCCCAGCACCAGGGUGACAAGCGCAAGCGAUCACAACAGUGCUUGGCUGGAGUUUCUGGGCACACGACAGUGGCAUUCUCCAAGAGCAAGGCCUUGAUGGGAACAAUUGCAAAUGUGCCCCGGGCCCGGGUCCAAGACCUCUCCAACCCGGAUCCCGAUCGUCCAUUGUCCCCUCACUUCAGAGCGCAACAGCGCGGGGUGGAAGCAACCAAGUUCAUCUUGGAGCAACUGCUGGAUGGCAUGCACGCCACAAGCAAGCAACCUGUGCUCAUUGUCGAUAUGAUGCCAACAAGGAUUCCAGAGAUGGUCGUGACCAAGUACCAGGCGUCCCAUGCCGAGCCCUUGAAAGCCCUUCAGGACAAGAUCAGCCAGGAGACCAACAUCCAGACCGCCAUCAAGACGCACACCAUGUCCUCAGCGGCAGCAGCGUCUGGUGGAGUGACCAGAACUUUGGCUUCCCCAGAUUGGGAUGGGAACCCCCCCUGGAACUGGUUGGAAGGGUGUGCUACCUUGGCGAGGGAUCCCGAUCUUCAGGUGGUUGUCACCAGCUUGAACAGUGUGUGGGUUGUCAACAGGGGCACUAGCGCGAAGGAGUUGGCCGCUGGGGAACUCUUUGGCUUCAACACUGAUCAAUGUGCCACGCAAGCUGGGACCGUGCCCUGGUUUGUCAAUGAUGAUCGAACGCUGGUGUGUGACACUACAUCGGGUUCAAAGACAUUGAACACCCUGGCUGAUGUUCUUUGUGAAGUGACGAAAUCGAGAGGAGUUACGGAAGUUCGGGUUGUUGACCACGGGCUUCAACCGAAGAUGAAGGUCGCUGGUGAUGGAGGACAGAUCCCUCUUGCCUACAGGUUCAAAGUGGCAGCAGGAGCAAAAGUGAACGCCUUCAAGCCGAAGGACAUCACAGAGGACAAAAUGGCUCUGCGAUCUGCCAUGAUGGGGGCCAUGUGGAAUGGACGCAUGUCACAGUUGCCGCGAUGUUCGCACGCAGAUAUCAUUUGGGAGGCUGGGAUGGUCUUCCAAAAUAUUCCCCUAUCAGAUUAUCCCAAUAUUAUUUCCUUAAGGCUUUGGUAUUCAUUACAACCCUUCCAUAACACUACAAGUAUCAGAUCAAUCCUUCAAUGGUCUUCCAAAAUAUUCCCCUAUCAGAUUAUCCCAAUAUUAUUUCCUUAA